UCCCUGCACUGUCCUCCCAGGUCCCACGCUUUCCAGGCACAAUACUCCCGGGUCCCCCUCCUUUCUGGCCACUGUCGGUCCUCCGAGGUUCCGCUCCUCCCAGAUCCCGUUCCUUCCUGGCCCUACUCUUCCGGUCACGGUUCUCUUCCGACCUUGCGGGUGUUGGGCAGUAGUCUCAAGCUGGGGUGCUGGCGCAAGAAUGCAAGCACAUCAGAGGGUGGUUCGUCCAUGAUCGGAGAUGCCCAUCUGACGCCGCAGCCACCACGUGAGACAGAGCGCCGUCCCGGAAGGAAGCAGAUUUCUCGGUCCCGGAAGUGCUCAAAGAUGGCUGCUGUGAUGGCUUUGGCUGUGCUGCCGCGACGGAUGACGCGGUGGUCGCAAUGGGCCUACGCGGGACGGGGAUGGUCUGUAGGCCACGCAGGUGUUGCAGUUCUACUGCUGAAACAGCCGCCGCUAAAGCAGAGGACGAUUCUUUUCUCCAGUGGUUCCUGCUUUUAAUCCCUGCUACUGCUUUUGGCCUGGGGACUUGGCAGGUCCAACGUCGGAAAUGGAAGCUGAAACUUAUUGCAGAAUUAGAGUCUCGAGUCAUGGCUGAGCCCAUCCCUCUACCAGCAGACCCAAUGGAACUGAAAAAUUUGGAGUACAGGCCAGUGAAGGUCAGGGGCCACUUUGACCACUCUAAAGAGUUGUACAUAAUGCCUCGGACCAUGGUGGAUCCUGUCCGAGAGGCGCGAGAUGCUGGCAGACUAUCCUCAACUGAAAGUGGGGCCCAUGUAGUUACUCCUUUCCAUUGCUCUGACUUGGGAGUCACCAUCCUGGUUAAUAGAGGGUUUGUUCCCAGGAAGAAAGUGAAUCCUGAGACCAGACAGAAAGGCCAGGUUCUGGGAGAAGUAGACCUAGUUGGCAUAGUGAGGCUCACAGAAAACAGGAAGCCCUUUGUUCCGGAGAACAGCCCAGAAAGGAAUCACUGGUAUUAUCGAGACCUGGAAGCUAUGGCCAAGAUAACAGGAGCGGACCCCAUUUUCAUUGAUGCAGACUUCCACAGCACAGCCCCCGGCGGGCCCAUCGGAGGACAGACGAGAGUGACUCUGCGCAAUGAGCACAUGCAGUACAUCCUUACCUGGUACGGACUGUGUGCGGCCACAUCAUAUUUGUGGUUCCAAAAAUUUGUACGUCGGACACCCAUCAUGUGAAGUAAGGAGCCUGUUCCCAACAACCAUAAAAUAAAGAUCUUGCUAUGUAAAAA